GUAAUUUGACGUUUGUUUCAACGAAAAGAAGGAAGUGGGCCGUGUUUCCACAAUAACUACUUCGAAAAUAUUGUCGAAAUCGUUUUUACUUUUAAUUUAAUGUACUAAAACCUACAAAACGGGACCAAAGUGAUAUAAGUAACAAUGGCGAACCUGAAAACAGAUUUAGAUCAAUACUUGCUGAAGAAUGAAAGUCGACGCAGCUACAAUUUCAGUUUACCAUCGUUCUCAACUCCAAGUUUUCUGACUCGGAGUACGGAAGAGAGCCCAAGUACUGCAAGCAGCACCGCUUCAUGGUUUGAAAAUGUGCAGAAGGAAUAUUUCACUCUAAGCAGAACACAGCGAUUUAUGGGCUUUGGUAUAUGUUUGUUCUUUGGAGUGCUAUGUUUUAUAUUGUCAUUCCUGUAUAUACCUAUACUGCUGCUGCAGGCUCGCAAGUUUGCGCUACUAUUCACUCUUGGAAGCAUGUUCUUUAUCAUCAGUUUCAGCUUCCUUUAUGGUCCAUGGAACCACCUGAAGUCAAUGUUUAGUAAAGAGAGGGCACUUACAACAUCCCUCUACAUGCUGACUCUGAUAGCCACAUUAUACUGUGCCCUCCACCUGCAAAGCACACCCUGGACCAUAGUCUGUGCAGUGCUGCAAGUCAUCGCCCUACUCUGGAUGAUGAUGGGCUCCAUUCCUGGAGGUUCCUCUGGCAUGAGAUUCUUCGGAAGCAUGUUCAAGUCAUCUGUCUCCAACACCUUACCCAUUUAACAUUACUUCUAUAAAAGGACUGC